ACCGCCGGUUGCGGCUUGUGAACAAAGUAAAAGGAAAGCCAGCCAUCGCGUGUGCACAACCGUAGUGUUGUAGUUAACGGUGGGACAUUUCGCAGUUGUAUGCUAUCUAUGCACAAAAUUGAAUUCAUUUUUUUGUAAUAAUUAAUUCGAUAAGUUUAUCGCGCCAAGUUUGUUGUGAAUGAAUUAAUUAUAUUAUAUCAAAGAUUGCUAUCCAAAGAUUGCAAAAUCCUUAUCAAAAAUCAUUUAAUUUGAUUCUAUGUAAGAUGUUCUCUACAUUUUGAAGAUGUUACAAUUACAUGUGUACUCAUGCAAUAUGCAGCAUGUUCGUUGACGCAAUGGCAUAUAUUAAGAUGUGAAUUUAUUUGUGAUUGCGUCAGCUGAUCGACAACCUAUCGAGUAAAUUAGGCGCACAAGCAAUUUAAGGUCCAUAUGGGAACCUUGAUGGAAUUUUAUAUAUUCUUCAUUGGCUAAAAUUGACUAAUGCUUUACAAAAACCGAAUCGAAAUCGAAUAUUUAAUAUUUUAAUAUUUACGGUUUGAAAUGAACCGGGAAAAGCAUCAGGAAUACAACGAGUAUUUUUAAGCGAGGAACCAAGGAUAUCGAGUUACAUGGCGCGUGAAACCUUGUUUCAUUUUAUAACCAUGGAAUAUUUAUUUUUACGCGACAUUUCGCGCGUAAACAUAUAUCUGCAAUUAGAAUGGCUCUAGUAAUGUUACCUUGUGAUUUACCAUGGUGGCCGGCUGUGGUAAAACAACUGGAGCGAGCGGCAGCUGCCAGAAAUUCCGAAGAUCUCGUGGAAGCGAUGCAAAGAUUACAUGACAUGUGCAAAUACGAGGAACAAUGCAUACUGAAAAGCAUAAGUCUCGAUCCUGAAGAGGACAUACAAGAUCCUGAAUUAUUUUCUGGAUUAGCAACUUUCCUUGAUACCGAUCUUGAUUCUACUGAACAGGAUCAAAUUUUUGUAAAUACAAUACCACGAAUGGUAGAAAGAGCAAAAGCUUUAAGAUCCUGUAAACCUCCACAAGGUUUACACUUCAGUCUUCAGCAACAAGGGGAUUGCGUCGAGUACAGUUAUGCUUUCAUUUCAUCUUUAAUCGCGAACGCGUUCUUCUCCACGUAUCCAAAAAGAACUGCGAAGACGCACCCAACUUUACGGGACUUCAAUUUCACAAAUUUUUUCAAACAUCUUCAUAAUAAUGGUCAAAAAGCCAAGCUAAGAAGCAUAUUUCGUUACUACGAUUAUCUUGAUACCGAAAACGCGUUAGAUGGAAAACUAAUAAUUUCUAGACAGGUAAUGACAUCGAAACAAUGGUUAACUAUUGAAGAUUGGUUGGAAAGUAACGUUCCUUUGUGCCCGUUGAUGAUACGCCAUGAGGGUCGCCUAGAUAGAAUAGAACCAGAAACUAAAGUUUUGCGAGUUUGCUUUGCAAGUGCUAAAUUUGGUGGCGGUGUACUUGAUGGUGAUGUUACGCAAGAAACUGUACAUAUAGUAACACAUCCCGAAAUGCUUGUGGCAAUAUUGUCUGUCGAGGCUUUAGAAGAUAACGAAGUUCUAAUUGUUGAAGGAGUUAGACAUAUAUCUAGAAUAAAUGAUCCUCGUAACAAAGCUAUAUUUGAAGCUCUGGCGAAACCAAAUAUUGUAACGGUAUGCUGUAUUGAUCCUGAAGAUUAUUCACAGUUACCUUUAUCACAAUUUGAAGAAGAUAAUAUAUUACGAGAAAUGAAUAAAUCUCUACUUGGUUUCCGACAAAGACAUAUACCGAGUAGUCCAACUGAUCCUGUAAAAUCAGAAUCAGAUAUAGAUGUAGUAGGUUCUCGGAGAUUAUCACCAAUUGGAGAAAGUUUUAGUAGCACUCCUCCAGAAAUAGAAGCAAAAUCUAUAUUACAUGAAUACAAGUAUGAUAUUUUAACAGAAAUUCGUAGUAAACCAAAUGGCAAAUCUACAAGACCAUCUAGUCCUCAUAAAAUAUAUAAUGAUACUAAUUAUACAAACAAAAGAAAUCGGUUUAUCGUUCUUGGAUCUAGUGGAGAAGUUUUACCAGUUACACGAAAAUCACUUGGUCAAAUGUCGGUUUAUAGUAGUUGUAAUAGUCAAAGUACAGACAGUUUUCAUAGUGCAAAAGAUACUAUAGAUGAAGAUUUGGAAGAAGAAGAACAAAAAUUAAAUAAACGCUACAGUACUCAGUUAGAUACCCAAGAGCGAAGAGGAACUUUCGCUCAACGUUUAAGAGAAGCGUUAAAACGAGAAAAUACAGCUACUGGAGCUACAUCAGUGAAUACUUCAUUUGGAGAGAGUAGUUAUGCAGUAGGAAUAAGCGUAUCUGGAAGUCAUGUUUGUGAUCAAGACAUCAAAGUAAAAAGAGGAGGUUCAAGAGGUUUUGUUCUACGGGAUGAAACAGUAGAUGAAGAUUUUUUGAAAGAAUCUUUAGAAGCUGAACAAAAGUGGUUAGGUAGAUUUCGGCAAAAUCAACCUAUGUUACAAAGAAAAGAUACAAGUGCUAGCAGUAGGUAUAGCUUCAGCACUGAAUAUAACUCCGAUUUUUGUUCAGAGCUUGAAGAAGUUUAUGAACAACUGGCUAAAUGGUUAGAAGAUCCUAUAGCAAACGAUGAAUCUCGCGAAUUAGAUGCGAGAGAUAGAGCUGUAGUUCAAUUUGCAGGUUCAUUAUUGAAAAGAGCUCUCAGUGAAUCAUUUGCUGGUGUUCCAGUUCAAGAGGGUGAACCACAACCUUUUAUUGAUUCUACUGAUGUAAAUCAAAGUCACAAAUUAGCUUUGGCUGUGAGAAGUUUGAGUUUAGAGCUAGCCCGUCAGAAAAAUAGGAGACAACAAUCAGUACCUGUGUCUGAAGAUAUAGAAUAUUAUGAAGAUGCUUUAAAUAAUUAUACUAUGUCAAAAGAGAUAAAGGAUAUUCAGCGUAAAAAACUUAGAACAAUAACAUUUACAUCUGAAGUUUUUCAAACAUUGGUUGAUGAUGAAACUACUAUAUAUUUAUCUAAUCCUAUUUCUUUAAUUACAUCUGGGCCAAAAGGGAAAAAUACAACAAAAUCUUUUAAUAUCAAAAAUGAUAAUAGAAUUAUACAACAAUUAGAAUCACAUAUAACAUUUAAUAUACCAAGAGAUGGUAGUCCACAAACAGGUGGAUUAUUAUCUAUUGCUACAGGUAAUUGGGGAUGUGGAUCUCGUUUAAAAGGAGAUCCACAAUUGAAACUUGUUAUUCAAUGGCUUGCUGCUUCUUUGGCAGGAGUGCCAAAAUUAAUAUAUUACACCACAGGAAAUCCCAGUUUGUCAAAGUUAGAUACUGUGAGUAGAGUUCUUAUGGAUAGACAUUGGUCAGUUGGUGAUUUAGCUGCGGCAACAUUAAGAUUUGCAUUACAUAUUAUUGAAGAAAGAACAGAAGGGAGAAAUACUCUUUUUGAAGAAAUAAUUGGUAUGGAUAAACCAAGUCCUUAGCCCGAUUCAAUGCUGUCAGUUUUGGUAGAUAUACUUGCUACUAUGAUUGAAGACAGCCUAUUAAAUACUUGAAGAUAAUACCAAAAUAGUACAACAAAUGAGCGUGUGUCUUUUGCAAUUUUUGAAAGUAAAAAAAAUGUAUUUCAGAAAUUAUUUGUAGGAAAUCUUACAGUGAGAAAAGAUUUUAAUUUUUUAAGAUUUAUAUAAAUCAGAAGAAAGAAGAAGAAUCAGAAGAAGAAAAUGAAUUUUGUGAAUUAAACAUUUCAUAUCAAUAUCAAACAAAUUCGCACAACUUAUGACGUACAAAGAUAAAAACUGAAAAUUUCGUAUACAUUUUAGAAAAUAUUAUACUACAUAUUAUACAAAUAAUAUCAAAAUAUUCUUCGUGUAACAUAAGUAACAUAAUUAUUUAGUGAAAUUAUAUGCAAAAAAUUUCACUAAAAUGAAAUUUGUCCAAGUUCAAUUAUUCUAGUCAUAUGAAAAGUCAAUUCUGUUUUAUGUUUACGGAUAAUACAUAAGAUAUGUAACUUAACAGUUAUCUGCAAUAAUUAACGAGGCACAAUAUACUAUACUAUAUUUUGUACAGUAUAAUAUUUAUAAGUUAUAUAUAUUAAGUAAAAAUAUAUGUAAUACUCAAAUAGAUUUUUAGAUAAAGAUUAUAGUCGUAUUUUAUAGGCCGCUUUUUUAUAUUUGAAUAUAAUUUAUACAAAAUAGAUUACAUAAACUAUAAAAAAUUAAAUAUGUAAGAAGAAAGGAAUGUGGCCUCUGAAAAUAUAAAUAUAAAAUAUAUAUACAUACUAUGAGACGUCUUCCAUAAAAAAACAUAUAAUAACAUCUAUAUCAGCCAUUUGUAAAUACAUUCUCGAUGUACGUUUCACUUUAAAAAAUAUUAUAUUAGAAUGUGUUUCAAAA